CGCUUCAUGAUAGAGGCUCCCCCUAGUGGCGUGCCGGAACCGCCCGUUUAAAACCGCACCGUUCUAAUGUAAAAAGUUAUAACUGAUUUCUAUUGCUUUUUUUAAAGUGGGUGUUUAGAUUUUGUAUCAGAUCUGGUGUUUAAACGUUCGUGUACACCCCACCAAGGUGGUACAACGCUAUCAAAAUCUCGACUUGGAUCACGAACUGAAGAUUCUUGUUUUCAGUGACUCAUGGACUAUUUCUAAUAUGACUUUUGACUUUUUCAUAUCAGCCCCGACGACUUAAAUAGCGGUAAUUUGUGCCUGAAAAUAAGAGAGCUAGAGACUGUGGGCAUAUGCUGUAUUGGACCGCUUAGAUGAGUGAUUUGAAAAUCACUGUGACUCAGUGCUGUUCCUCUCCUGGGCAAAACCGGGAAGCGUGGGUCACUUGGACGAGGGGGACUUGGAGGUGCGUCAUUGCAUCGUAAAUGUGACGUAGGGUCCGGGGCGCCUUUUAAGGGGAUGCAAGAGCGACACCAGUGACGCCCACUCACAGCGUCCGUUACAUAAAGCCAGCGCCCUCUGACAGUGCUGGCCACAUCAGUGUGAGUCUGGGGGCCUCCUGGCUUGUAAGGUGUCCUAAGGAUCCAGAGCCACCCCAUUUUUUUUGUACCAACAACAAUAUUUCAGCCCAGCCUGGGGUUGUGGGAUGCAAGCCCGCUUUCCUGGAGCGACUUCCAGGAGGAAUAGAUGUUUGUGUCAGUCCUGGGGGAGCGAGUGGCCUGUCCUGGGAGUGGGUGGCACCUCCUUCUCGUCUGACGUGAUAGCAUUAGCGGUACGAGUCCCUCGGGCAUCACGUGACAUGCUGGUCUCUCACAGGUCCACCAAGGGGGCAUCGAAGGCCCGUCGCGACCACAUCAACUGCGAGAUUCGGAGCAUGCGGGCCCUCCUGCCCAUCCCGCUGGAGGACCAGGAGCGCCUUUCCUACCUACACUCCAUGUCGGCCAUCUGUACCUUCAUCCGGAAGUCCAUCUUCUUCCGAGAGCUGCAGCCAGAUGGGUCCAGCUGUUUCCUGCCCUAUGAGGACUUCCUGCAAGCCUUGCCUGGCUUCAUACUGGUCACCUCCAGAGAGGGGAAGCUGAUUUAUGUGUCUGAGAAUGUGGCCGAUUACCUGGGAUACUCAAUGGUGGAUGUGCUUCAGGGAGAUGCUAUCUACGACAUGGUGGACAACGCAGAUGUGGAGAUUGUGAAAUCUAACCUGGAGACUGAGGGCCUGCCAGCAAAAGCAGAGAGGACCUUUGUGUGCCGCAUGCUGAUGUCCAAGGCGUUCCGGCUCCGGCACGGCAGCAGCUGCUCCAUGCUGGUCCGAGGCCGCUUCCAGGCGGCUCCCCGCGCUUCCCCAUCAGGCCAGGAGCCUGACCUGGCCUUCGUGGCCCUCUGCACCCCCACAGCGGAUCGCUGGCGGGACGGUAACCCCCGCUGUUCCGCGGAGCCCUUCCGGACACUCCACGGGCCUGACAUGUCCUUCGCCUACGCGCCUGAGAGCCUGCUGUUUCACCUGGGCUACUCAGCGGGUGAGGUGAUUGGUCGAUCCUGGUACAGCCUGCUUCAUCCAGAUGAUCUUUCCUCAUGUGCAUCAAAACACAAGAGUCUGUUGGAAGGAGAUGAAGGCACAUUGGUCGAGAUGGUCCUCAGACUACAACACAAGAACCUCUACUGGGUGUGGCUAUAUGUUCGAGCUACAAAGGAUUCUGGGAAACAGGAAGUGAGCUGCAUGAACUAUAUUGUCAGCGAAACAGAGGCCAGCUUCCUGAAGCAGAGGAUCUACAGCGAUGCCUCCAUCACCUCGACCCCCCUCCUUCCAAAACAGCCUCAGCCAUCGCACUCCGACGCCCCCCAGUGUCAUGGAAAUGGCGUCACCAAGGUCCUCAAGAGGGAGAGGGAGGCUUGCUGCGUGACAGAGGAGCCCCAGCCAAAGACGAGCCGCGUCUCUGAAACCAACACCGGCUACCUGAUCUGCACCAAUCCGGCAGAAGACGGCAGCCAGCAGGGGGUGCUGACGAGCAGCACUGUGUUCCCCGCCACGCCUCCCUACAGCCCAGCAUCGUCCCACUCUCCAGCCACGCAGGAGGACUGUCCGUCCGACUUCCUCCUGGACGCAUACAGCUACGCCGAGACCCUGCUCUCCUCUCCGGAGAGCUCUCCUCCCUACCUCUCCGGCCAGAACACUUUUUCCGGGGUAUCGGACUGCUUCCCUGCCUCAGAUCCUCUCCAGGCUGCAAUGGAUCCCACAUUUGGCCUCCACCAUUUUGCUGUGGCUCAGUCGCCUGAGUCCUGCCCAUCUCCAUCCUAUGAGUUUCCCAGCUGCCCCGUGGGAAGUCACCUGGUCCCAGACGGUCUACAGGGGCUGGAUGUGGCUGACGGCUCGUCGGACUGUGCCUUUCAUCCUGACGACCUCGGGCUCUCCACCCCGCCACCAGGGGGAGACAGCCCUUUCCUAGUCCGUCAGGAUGUCUCAGACACCCCUGUGCUGACCCCUGAUCCCUCGCCCGCGACUGAGUGCCGUUUCCAGUACAGUGAGCGGGAGAGGGCCGAAAUUAGCAUCCUGGCCCAGCAGAUCUCCUCGCUGGCUAACAGCUUUGACACAUACCGUAGUAUGGGUCUGGCCCCUGGAAACGGUAAGCCCACCCCCCUCAGCGAAGGCCCAGUACCCCCCUGCGACUGCCCAGAUGUGUGCUCACACCCAUCCAGACUCGAGCUGAUCUUGGAUGAAGGUGUCAUCUACAGCAUCUUACAAGACCUAGACACCGAAGAGGGGCACGUGGAGGACGGGGAGCAGUCCCUGGAUGCCUCGAUCUCCCAGGCGUCUGCAGCCCUGUUUACCGCCCUGGUGUGGGAACCCUCCCUGGACCAGUUUCCCAGCAUGCACCCUGCACUGGAUCCCUGCCUGGUGAGGCCCGGAUGCCAAGAGGAUGGAAAUGAGUUGCAUCAACUCAGCCGCUACCUGCAUAGUAGCCUCCAGCAAGAUGAGCUUGCUGAAGAAUCCAUGUACUGAAAUAAGUCCGUGACUUACCCUACGACUGUGUAUGGCAUAUUGUCAUAGCAACCACCGGCAUCUUUUCCGGAUCCAGAGGGGGACUUUGCCGAGAACUCUCUCUGUCUGACUGGAUCUCCAGCAGAACUGGCUUUCGGCUCGCAACUCCCAACAAUCACAGAAAAGGCAAGAAAAUGAGCCAUAAUUGAUGAAACAUGACAUCAUUUAGCUUCGUAUUUCAUGGACCAAACCUGUAGUGAUAGCGCAAUUUGUAGAAGCAUUUUGUAUGAUAUUAUUUUUAUAUGAUUAGGGUUGCUGUUCUUUAUGCUGUAUCUCCUGUACUGAAGUCACAUGCUACUCAUGAACUGGUGUGUUUUAUAUCACUGGCCGGACAGCGAAGGGAAUUUUAUGAGCACUUAGUCUGUUUUCAUGUCAAGUUGGAGAAAGACACGUUUACUUCAUGUUUGCGAAAGAAAAAAUAAAACUCAACUGGUACAAAAUGGA